CCAUGCCGCCACUAAGUGUCUCCUCUUCAAUGCUGCCUCCGGUGCUUCCGCCGGAGUUAUUGCUGCUACAUUUGUGUGUCCUUUAGAUGUCAUUAAAACUAGGUUUCAGGUUCAUGGUGUGCCGCAGUUUGGUAAUAGAAGUGUUAAAGGCAGUAUAAUAGUUGCUAGUUUGAAACAAAUAUUUCACAAGGAGGGGUUACGUGGCAUGUAUCGUGGGUUGGCUCCCACUGUGUUGGCUUUGCUUCCGAAUUGGGCGUUACAAAACUGUUUUGCUAUGGAUAUUUGUUCAAACUUUCAAGUCCAUCGAUUGGUGUUCUUGAUCCCAAAUGCCGAGGUUUAUUUUACUAUGUAUGAGCAGCUCAAAAGCCUUCUUCAUUCUGAUGAUGAAAGCCAUCACCACCUUUCAGUUGGAGCUAACAUGGUAGCUGCUUCUGGGGCUGGAGCUGCAACUACCUUGUUUACAAAUCCACUUUGGGUUGUCAAGACUAGACUUCAAACCCAAGGAAUGAGACCUGGUAUUGUUCCAUAUAGGAGCACACUAACUGCAUUGAGGAGAAUUGCACAUGAGGAGGGCAUACGGGGCCUGUACAGUGGCCUUGUACCUGCUCUAGCUGGUAUCAGUCAUGUUGCCAUUCAAUUCCCAAUGUAUGAGAAAAUAAAAUUUUACUUAGCAAAUCAAGAUGACACAGCAGUCGAUAAACUUGGAGCGCGUGAUGUUGCUAUUGCCUCAUCGGUCUCCAAAAUUUUUGCAUCCACAAUGACAUAUCCCCAUGAGGUUGUACGAUCCAGAUUGCAAGAACAAGGGCAUCACUCAGAGAAACGAUAUUCUGGUAUGAUUGACUGUAUUAGAAAGGUUUUUCAACAGGAAGGUGUAGCUGGCUUUUACCGAGGAUGUGCCACCAACCUUAUCAGGACAACACCAGCCGCCGUAAUCACAUUCACCAGCUUUGAAAUGAUACACCGUUUUCUUGUUUCACAUUUUCCUUCUGAUCCACAGCCUCAUAUUUUGUGAUAUGAUUGAUCAUAAACAUGGUCAUCUAUCAUCUAUAACAGUAGAUUGAAAACAUUAGCAAGUCCAGUUGACUAAGCCUUCCAUUGGCAAUGCAUAUACCAUUCUUUAUAGUUAGUUAUUUUAAGGUAGAAAGCAUCAACUCGACAACAAUUGAGUUUGGUUUCCCUGGGCAAACAUCUGCAAGGUCACAUUGUGUUUGACUUUGUAGGGAGACCAAGGGAUAAUUAUUAUAUAUUUGAGAAUGAUAAUGACGAUAAGAUGGUAUGAGGAUGUCAUUUAUUGUAUUUGGAAACUGCUGAAUAGUCAUAUCUUUUUUAAAACUCUACCA